CGUAAAGAAAAAUUGAGAAACAUACAACAAUAAAGUAACUGAGAGCGACCCUAGAGAUAUUGACUAUGAAGUUCACCAUCACCAAGGCAGUCCUUGUGGCAUUGACUUUGGGAGAGAGUUCUUUGGCUGAAAAAAUAAUAGGAGACAGCAAUGAUAGUGAAGAUGAUCCAUUUUGGAGAUCCUUUAUCGGCCAGGGCGUUGAUAGUAUGGCUGUGCCAACCACUAAGCCGAGUGUGAAACCAAUCGAAAUAACUUCUGAACCGACAAAUUUGCCAAUCGAUCCGAGUACAGCUACUCCCACCCAGUUGGACACUUUUAAUAGUACCUCUGCACCAAGUCUCACCGCAGGGACUUCAAGUCCUAGUAGCAAUUCUUCAUCUUCAUGUGAAUCUAUUGGUAUGUGUAAGAGGUUGUGCGGCCUAGUUGAAUCAUGUAUCACGAGAGCAUAUAUCUCACAACUAUGUUUCAAAUUGUUCAUCUCAAAAAAUUGAAGAAACAUUAAUUUGUUCCGUGCCGGAAUUCGGUACUCUAUGUGAGCUGGUAGAUCUAGCUGACUUAGGAGAUUCAUUCAAUGAAGAUAUUUUCACUAUUUUCGCCCCGACAAAUGAUGCGUUUGAUUCGCUGCCAGAAAUUCCUGCGUUAACCGAUUUUGAAGUUUUGAGGGAUGUCCUCCUCUAUCACACAGUUCCUGAAGUUACAUUACUUUCAGGAAAUCUUGUUUGUGAUGGGGAUAUAAUGAUGGGGAGCAAAGAUUUUAAUGAAACUACAACCACCACCACAUGCGUCGGCGAAGAUAUCUUUCAAGUCGGAACAGGAAAUUCGCCGGAUGGAUUACCGCUGAUAAUUGGAUUUGAUGCUGAAGCUUGCAACGGAAUCAUUCAUGCUAUCAACCAAGUUAUUCUUCCGACUUUGACUACGCUGCCACCCGUUGCUCCAACUCCAGUUCCUGUUGAUCAAAUACCUGCUCCGACCGAUUCUACCACAGCACCUGUGGAUCCCCCAACUCCGGUUCCCAGUGAUCCAACAAACACAACAAUCGUUCCUACGACAACUCCUGUGGAUCCAGUUCCUCCAACAUUCACACCUAUUGAGUCAACUGCGACACCAACAGAUGUCGUUUCUUGUCAAUCGAUUGCAGAACUUGUCUGCAGCCUUCCUCAGUUUGAGCUUCUGUGCGCAUUGGUAGGAGAUGCUGGCUUAGCUAGUGUACUAGACGGUGAAGAGAAGUUCACCGUAUUUGCACCCAUCAAUGAUGCUUUUACAGGGCUAUCUGAGGAACUUGCCAGUGCAAUUAUCUCUGAUGCAGAGCUCUUAACUAGUGUCCUCCUGUCACAUGUUGUUGACGAUGAAGUUUUCUCCACUGAUCUUGAAUGCAGCGGUGAAGUAGAAAUGGUUAGUGGUGAAGCUACAACAACUAUCUGUGUCAGCGAUAGGGUCUUCCAAAGUGGAGAUGGAAAUAGUGCUGAUUCUUUGCCUGAAAUAAUAGCAGCAGAUAAAAUUGCCUGCAAUGGUGUCAUUCAUGAAAUUGACCGAGUCAUUCUCCCGCGUGGAGAAGAAGCUCCAGUCGAACAGACUCCUGCAACUACUCCCGGUCCAUCCCAAGUUCCCGUAGAAAGCACUACGAGCCCAACACUAGUUCCUACCCAAGCUCCAAGCCAAAUUCCGAUCGAAGCAACGUCUGCUCCCGUUGAUAUUGCGUCUUUAGCGCCAACCGAAGCUCCCAGCAUAGUUGGAGUGCCACAGACAAGUGCACCGACCACAACAUCUGAUUCAUGCCAGACAAUUGCUGAGGUCGUAUGUUCCCUUCCUGAGUUCGAGCUCCUAUGCUCUUUAAUUGGACUUAUUGACUUACCUGAAGCCGUUGAUGGCGAAGAGACAUUUACUCUCUUUGCACCUAUCAAUGACGCGUUCACAGGACUACCAGCAGAUCUUUCUGACGAAAUUAUCUCUGACACAGAUCUCUUGGCCAGUGUUCUUCUCUCGCAUGCUGUAGCAGGCAAAGUCUUUUCUACUGAUCUGUCAUGCAGUGGACAAGUGACAAUGAUCAGUGGUGAGGAGACAACUACUGAAUGUGUUGACGAUCUGAUCUUCCAAAGUGGUGCAGGAAACACUCCUGGGUCUUUCCCUGAAAUUGUGGCACCAGAUGGAGUUGCUUGCAAUGGUGUGAUUCAUGGCAUUGACCGAGUCAUUCUUCCGGCCGCAGUGGGCGUUGAUCCUGUGGAUCUAGACCCAGAUUCCCCUGAUGCGCUUUCCUUUGUACGGGAUGUAUUGAGCAAGUACCUUCUCAAUGGCGGAGCAGAGCUUGACGACCCUGAUAGCUAUCAAUCAAGAGCAUUGGAGCAAACCGCAAGCAUCACCGGAGCUGAAAGUUUGUCAGAGGAAGAGCUCGUACAGUAUUAUGUUCUUUAUAGCAUUUUGUUCGCCACAAACGGAGUUCCAAAUGCCGUUACCGAAGCUAUUCCCAACUUUGAAAUUCCAACAUGGAUCAACGACGAAGGAUGGUUCGGCGGAGACAUUCCACCGUGUGAUGGAUGGUUUGGAAUCUCCUGUGACGAGGAAGGGAAAAUAAAAACUAUCGAUUUGUUUGAUAACGGAUUGACCGGAGUUUUCCCCCCAGAGGUUUUGCUGCUUACCUCCGAUAGCCAGUACGCUAUGGGGGCUGGGACAUUGGAACGUCUUGAUUUGACUGGCAAUAGGUUUCUAUCCAAUAAUAACGAUAGUUCCUGGAUGACCGAUCUCGGAACCAGUAUGCGUAAGUUAUCCUUCUAUUGAUUUUGUUUUUGCAAAGGUCGUGACAGCCCUACAUUGUUUUGGAGUUAUUUUUACUAACGUAUUUUAACAUCUCUUGCUUGGUGCUGUAUUCCAGAGACAAUUAGCGUAGAAAACACAAGCUUCGGUGGCUCUCUUCCACGACUUCCAGAUGGUCUCGUGAAUUUGGAUAUCUCUGGCGCAUUCUAUACAGAUGGCCUUGACGACGCUACUUUUGAAGGACUUGAACUCAUGAACUUUAUCGAUCUCGACAACAACUUGUUCGAAGGCUCUGUGCCAGCCGUUUUCAACCGUCUUCCGACGCUUGAGUUCCUCUAUCUCUCUGGCAAUUCCUUCACUGGAGAUUUGUCGUUCAUGGAAGGAAUGCCUGCUAUGCGGGAACUGUGGAUCGACAACAAUCCAGAACUGACGGGACAACUGUACGAUUUCAUUGGAGACAUCUCUACGCUGGAAUCGUUCUCCGUUAGCUACAGCAUGCUCACCGGUCCGAUUCCAGAAUCGUUUGGCGAACUCGAGCAGAUGAAACAAAUGUGGUUGACCUCCAACAAUCUGACGGGAGCCGUUCCAGCAUCGCUUGGCAACCUUAAUUUUAUGGAAACCCUUCAGCUCGAAGGCAACGACCUGACUGGAUCCAUGCCGGACGAAAUUUGUGCGCAGAAGUUUGACGAUUUCCUCACCGUCCUCGGAGGGGACUGCACAGACGAACAGUUCGAGUGCUCAUGCUGCACGUGCUGUGGCGUGGAGGAUUGCAACGACACGGUGGAGUCCCGUUUCCAAAAGCGAAGACUCUAGGUCGGUUUCAAAAGCGUUGUCCUAAUACCCAUCCGUAUUCCACAAAGGUUUGGCGCGGGUGCUAUCCGCCGGCCAACUUCAGAGAGUGACCAACAACCGACCGACAGCGCUCUUCUCGACGACGAAUAAGUGCUUUAUUGGAGAAGUUCGCAGAAAACAUAAAUGUUCACAGUAUUUUGCACAGUAAACCACGUAUUUUAUC